UUAGUUAUCUAUGUCUUUAUCUCAUUUAUUUUUAUAAAACUGUUCAAAAUGAUAAUGUAUGUCAUAUACUUAUGAAUUUCAAUUACGAUACAAUUUUUUUAUCAAUUAAAUACAUUGAAGCACCUAAAUUUCAUUUGAAACUCUACUAUACUCCAUGCGCAUCAAAAGAUGCACACACGAUUUCAAGUUACUACCGUAAAAUUUUUUUUAUGUGUUCAUGGAAAUGGAGUGGAGGAACAGUUGAUGCAGUCAGAUUCAGUAGAUGAACGUACUAUACCUGCUGACCGCUGAUCAAUUAUUCAAUUUGCCUUAUCAUUGUCAUGACUAAUUUAUUCAGUCGUCGAUCAACAUCUUGGUAAUUUUUUAAAAUUACAGAGUAGUUUUUAUUUUUAAGAGUAAAAAAUUCCAUGGAAUUGAAACCAUAAAAAAGUGGAAUAUUUAUAAAAAUCAUGUGUACUUUUACUUCUCAAAAGGAGGAAUCAAAUUCUUUACUUAAACAAUUAAAAAAACUUCUUGCUUCAUUCUUAUGUUGUUUUAUUGUACAAGUGCAUUGUAUAUUUGACAGUAUUAUUAAUUUUAUUUUUCGGAUUUACUACCAUGGAAAAGAUAAAAAAGUUUCACCAAUUGAUGAUAAAUUGCUACUAGAAAGUGCUGUAGAUCUAGCAGAAAAAAUAAGAAAGAAACAAAUUUCUUCUGAAUUAGUUGUUUCUACGUUCAUUGAAAGAUGUAAGAAAGUCAAUGGUUUACUGAAUGUCAUUGUCGAUGAAAGAUAUGACCAAGCGAUAGAAGAAGCGAAAAAUGUUGAUAAAAUUUUGGCGAGCGAUAUUGAUGUGGACAAAUUGAAAUUAGAAAAACCAUUUUUGGGUGUACCGUUUACUACUAAAGAAAGCAAUGAAGCUCAAGGUUUACUUCACUCCGUGGGUAUGAUGGCCAGGAAAGGCUAUCGAUCUACAGAAGAUGCAACUGUCGUUGGUUACAUCAAAGAUGCCGGUGCCAUAAUUAUCGCCAAGACGAAUAUCCCUGAGCUUAAUUUGUGGGUUGAGUCUAGGAAUUUGGUGUAUGGGCAGUCAAAUAAUCCAUACAAUACCACCCGCACUGUAGGUGGAAGUAGCGGUGGAGAUGCAGCCAUAACAGCCGCAUGCGGUAUCCCGUUUGCGCUUGGAUCAGAUAUUGGGGGUUCGAUACGAAUGCCUGCAUUUUUCAAUGGCGUAUUUGGUUUAAAACCCAGCGCAAAAGCGACACCAUUAAAAGGUAUUGGCUUGCGGUCAGUUGAUUUCACCGAUUCGAUGGCUGAAGCUGGACCGAUAUGCAAACAUGCUAAGGAUUUACUGCCGUUAUUAAAAGUAAUGACUAAAAACUCUGACUUGAAAAAAAAUUUGGAUCUCCCUGUGGAUGUUAAGCAGUUGAAAAUAUUUUAUCAAGAAUCAUUGGGAGAUCUUCGUGUCAGCAAAGUAACUGAUGAUACGCGAAACACAUUUAACAAAGUGGUAACACAUUUUAAAAAUUUGACUGGAUCUGUGCAAAAAAUAAAACUACCGGGUUCAGAAUAUAGCUUUAGACUAUGGAGAUAUUGGAUGAGUCAAGAACAAGCUGAUUUUAAAUCGGAUAUUAUGAACCGAAAGUCGAGAACAAGUGCCACUAAUGAAAUUAUUAAUCUUGUUACCAAUAAAUCAAAUAUUACUUUAGCUGCUAUUUUAAAACUUAUUGAUGAGGAUUUUUUUCCUAAAGAUAGUAAAUCAUGGGCGGACAGUGUUACUAAUAAUAUGAAAAAAUACUUACUGGAAAAACUUGGAGACGACGGAGUAUUAUUAUUUCCAUCAUCUCCUUUUUCUGCAAGCUAUCACUACUCAUACUUUUUUAGACCCUACAAUUUUGCGUAUUGGGCAUUAUUUAAUGUUUUAAAAUUACCGACUUGUCAAAUACCACUCGGAUUAGGCGAAGACGGUUUACCCGUUGGAAUACAAGUCGUUGCUGCUCCAUAUCACGAUCAUUUAUGUAUUGCAGUGGCACAAGAACUUGAAAAAUCAUUCGGUGGAUGGGUGCCACCAUCGUAAUUAUUUAUAAUUACUCGUGUAUGAAAAAUUGGCUGCUUAAUUUAAAACCCUUGUAAAAAAAUAAAUUUUCACUGGGUUCUGAAAUUAAACAGCCUUUAGUUCCUUGUUUUUGUUUUAUUGGUGGAUAUAUUUUUUUACUGUGUUUUCAUAUUUUAAAUUUAUCACAAUUGUUAACAUUAUUCAUAAAAUAUGUAAUUAAUUAAAUAACUGAUUUGUAAUUAACUUUCUUCCUAAUAGAAAUAAUUAUUAUAUUUAUUAAAAUUUAUAUAAAAAUUU